GGCAGUCAGUCAGUCAGUGCGGAACGACCUGCGCGCGCGCACGUAUCGCGCUGCGGCUGUAACCGAUCGAUCGCGAACUGUGUCGAACGUGCCGUUACAAAAGUGUUUCAUAAUCUGUGAUUGUUUACUUUUUUAAUUCACACACGAUCGGACUGCACACAGCCUACGACUCGAAAGAGAUAUCGAACGUCUUCGAUGCGGUCCCUGCAAGGGCUGGGAAGGGACAUUAAAUAAACGCGAAUUCAGACGACCAUGUGACGAAGAGUUCCCGCCUUAAGUGUCAGCCGUCUUGAUUUUUCAUAGACAAGCUGUGUUGUCAGAUAAAAGAUGGCGCUGCUGUGGUACGUGUUGUGUGGUGUGGCGCUGGCGCGCGCGCAGUCCAACUACGGCUCGCAGGCCAACAACAUCGAGUACAAUGGAGAUGAUAAGCUGCCCGAACAGACGGUGCUUGAUGGCAAGGUAACUCAGCUGGAUGACCUGAGCCCAGUCAUCUUCUUGAACAGAACGAGAGCUACCCUCAACUGUGCUGCUGGAUCCAUGCAGAUCGAGCUGAAAUUCCACGAGAAGUUCUACGGCAUCGCGUACGCAGACUUCGACCGCCACUCCGCGUGCCAGGUGUCUGGCAAAGGUGCCACUUCCUACAAGUUGGAGCUGCCACUCAAGGGAUGCGGUACCAAACAGGACCCCCUCCGUGUGUUCACCAACAAUAUCGUGGUGCGGUUCCACCCCGCCCUGGAGAUGGACGGAGACGAGGUCAUUACGAUCGUGUGCCGCUACCCGCCACCUAAAGUUGUCGCUGCACCUAACCCAUACCUAAACCCUGUGCCAGAUCACAGAGGACCUCUGCCAGCGCCAUUGGCGGGCACCUCUAUUCUGCUGAUCAUCUGUGCCAUCUUAUUCCUCACACUGCUGCUCUUGGGCCUGGGAGUGUCAUACUUGUGUCUCAGAAGACGAGCGCUGCCCGCACCUAGGAGGCUUAUAGAUGAUUCAUCGGCUUCUAUUAUUAGUAGGGAGAGUAUUCAAGAAGUAAAGAUACCUCGAGCACAUCCAGUCUAUCCAGUAGCAGCUGAGAGCGCCAGUGUUGCAUCCGACACUAUUCCAUCAGACUACCCGUCUGAAACACCUAGCGAAGCAGACCACGGCCAUACCAACCAAGCGUUCAUGAUUGAUGAAUAUCAGAGCGAGGGUUACAAUGAGUCACACGAAGCGAGCGCGUCUAACUCCCGUAUGCACGCAGGCGUACCACCGGCAUUCGACGUGCGAGUACGAGUGCAGAGACCACCUGCACCACCGUCUCCUAUCUCUACCAUUACCACUACAGAAGUUGAUGGUGGAAGUAUGAGACAAACAACAAUGCUAGAAGAGCACGAACGUCAAGAAUCAGUACGUACAGUGUCCCCGGCAGCCUUGCCUCUACCAGCACGAGCAGCACACGCGAUCCCGCCCGAACGACCACCACGAAUGCCGGCACUGUAUACCGAAGUAAAUCGCGAAAGACAGGAAUGGGCUCGUCGGCCGCGCUCCAUCGCCUCGCUCAACACCGAGAUGACGGACACGCAUUCGGUCACCGAAGUCACGGAUAGGUCGCACGCCAGAAUGUUCCAUAUCAAGAAGCCAGCACCGCCGCCUCCGAUAGUAACAGAGCGCCUCCAAACAAAGGAACACGAAACGCUCAUGGAAAGUUUGGAACCUAUCCCAGAACCACCUAUCAUGCCGCCACGGAAACCCGAAAUAACCUCGCACAUGGUAGAUGACGUCUUCCUCAGAACAAUUACUGAAAAGAAGACAAUUGAAGACAUUGAACGCCACAAACGUCUGGUCACCGAAUACCGACAGGUUCCCGCCCCGCCACCUCAGUUCGACGUCACCAUUCGGAACCAUACACUACCUGAAGCACAAUGGGAGAACUUCUCCGAUAUAAGCAGUGCGUCGGGCAUGACUCUUACACCCAAGAUGGAACGAGUUCCCUUAUCAUUGCCGCCACAGAAAUUCAUUGGCAAAGGCGGUCCAGAUCUCUUCUCCCCAGAGUUGAUCAAGCAGACAGGCGCAGUAUACCAACCACCAAUGUCUGCUGAUCUCCCAUUAUUGCCAGAAUUGCCACCAGCGCGUAAUCCAUUGUACAGAGAAGAAGACGACGAAGAUGUGCCAGAACCCACUCCUGCACCGCCUGUGCCGGUGAACUGGAGUGUGCUGACUAGGGUGCUGAAGACAGAAGCACAGGAUGAGGUGCUUUCAGAGUCCGAGCGUUCCUACCGUUUGACUCGCGAGGAACGUCUCCGUUGGCGCGAGCUGAUCACACACGAGAGCACGUUGCGCCGGGAGCUGGCGCGCUCUUCCACUAGGGAGGAGUUCAGCAGAGUGGCGCAUGAUCAUCGCUUUGCUCCAUUGUAUGCGCCGCCUAAAUGGGAGGUCAUUAUACGCAUCUUGGCUCCACCUCCGGAUAAGCCCAAGAAUCGCUACAGAAAGAAGUCGGAAUGGGAAUCUCGUUCGCGCCGCAGUUCUCUGCCGACGCUGUAUGAAUACGACAGUGACGCUACUUCUCUGCGCGACCCGCAACGCUCCAGGCGAUCUUCUUACCGCAGCGAUCAUGUUGAUAUGAGGUCGAUGUCAGAGAUGAUGGUAGACUACGCGCGCGAGCAGGCGGACACUCACUCCGAGGUGUCGGCGGGGACACUGUUGGGAAGGUACUACGACGACGACAGUGACUCGGAACACCCUUACAACCAGAACCCAUCCUGGCGUCACUCCCUACAUCGCUCGAUAAGUCAACCGUCGCUCGCGCGGUCCACUAACGAAAUGAUGGAGCAGUGGACAGCGCCCGAGGGUGAUGUCACCCCCACCCCUGGACGCAGACUCAGAGGUGCUCAAGGACUUACGACCUUUACGUCUUCAGAAGUUCGUACAUUCCAAGCCUCAAGGGAGUGGAGGGAAUAGUAGAAAAUUUGAAUAAUGAAAUAUUAUAUAACCCUCUCAGAAAUCAAGAAGGGUCGUAAAAAUAUCCACAUGAUUAACAUUUUGAAGAAAGACCAUAUAAUUGACUACAUUUCGCCUGUGCGGUAAAGAAUAUUGUGUACAAUGACAUAGUAGAGAGAAAUGUGGGUUGCAAAACGCAAGUCUAGAAUUAAAUAAUUUGACGACCUCUUUGGCGCAAAUCGUAUUCUACAGUAGUUUAAAUCCUGUGGUGCUCAGCAUACAGGUCCUGGGUUCGAUUUCCAGUUCAUUAGCUCAGGUCUGCCCUGGUGGUAGGCAUCGGUCGCGGCUAGUUACAGCCAAGGGAUUUAGCGUUCGAGUACGAAGUCGCGUAGAAACCGUCAGUGGUAUAGUAACUUUCCAAGUUAGCCCGCUUCGAUCUGACGAUCUAAGGAUCGUCACACAACAUCAGGUAAAAUCGCAGUCAAUGGCUAACUUGUCGUUGAAAUUAAUAUAAAAGAAAUUUACUUUACGUACUUACUGCGCAGAUAAGGACUCAGUCUUUUAUUUUGUUUCAUUGUUUGAACCAAUUUGCCUUUGCAGAUUGACUGCGGUUUGAAUCAUUACCAUUAUCGGUUGUGAUGUGAUAAGCUAUCCCGCAUGUUGCAGUGAAACGCGUUAUGUAACGUAAACAAAUAGGUAUUUUAAUUUGUGAUUCUAUCGUUCGAAUGAGCAUGUUAAUUUGUCAAGUGAUAUUUCCACUGCCUUUUUGAUAUCCUCAUAAUCAUGAUUUGUAACUGUCAAUUAAAUAUGUUAUAAAUAACAUAAUAUAUGAAGUCAAAGGCAUAACUUACGUACUAAUCUGGAAUCGAUUAAGUACGAGUAUGUACUUAAAAAUUUGUCAUAUUUUGUGUUUGUUACCUUUUUCAGGAAAAUAUAAGAAACAUUUGUUUUAUGUUCGUUAGACGAUCUUAAACAAAGAUUUUCUAUAAAUUUGCUAAUAACUAUUUUUAAUUGAAAAUAUGUAAGUACUAAUAAAAUAAUUAAGUAAAUUUUUAUAUUUACAAAAUUUAUUCAAAAUUAUUGCUUAAUUUUUAAGUUGCAAGUCAAAAACUAUUUCCAAUUAAAUUAGAACCUAGGAGUAGGUUAAGAAUAAUAUGUAAAAAAUAUGUGAUAUAUUGCACAUUCCGAAGCCAUUACUUUUCUUCCAAUAAUUUAGUAAUAGUUAGAAUUAGGAUCUACCAUCAGGUUUAAUGCCUCAAGGUUAGGGCUGUCCCUAUCUUGGUUCUCUUAGAGAUGAAUAUAUUAAAACUUUACGAUGCUGCAAUGUAGUAAGGGUUCUUCCCUUCCCUAAGCAGUACUCUAAAAUAUAUUUGGUUCAAAUUAUUGAUGUAAGCAAAGCAAUGUAAAAAAUUAGAGGAUAACUUCACACACAUUUUCAUUAAACUUAUGAUAAACACUAAUUUUGUGCCAAUUUUUUUAGCUCUAAAACUUUUAUUAAAGCUUGCUUGAUUUCUUAUAGUCCUAUUUCUUUGUACUGACUACAAUAAAUGUAAGUUUUAAAAAAAUACUUGGUUGCCACCUUUUAAAAAAAUUCUGUACUCUUAAUUUAAUAAUAAAAUUAAAUGUAAAGUGUCAUAAAUAAAUAAUGUUUUAGCUGAAGUUGCCUAAAUUAUGGAAGGUAUUAAAGUAUGGGUGGCAACCCUUAAUCUUAAAUUAAUAUUUCAUAUUUAAUUUUGAAAAUAACAUCACAACUACCUUAUAUACUGCCAGUGGUAGACUUUUGUAAUUAAUGUAGAUGUAAAUAGGAUAUACAUGGAUUGUAAACAACCUAGCGGCCGAGGCAAGUAUGGUUCUAUGAUUGAUAUGAUUCUUCACAGUCAUUUUGUUUAAAACAAAUUGCAUGUGUUAUUUUUUUCUCUAUCACCUUCACACACAUUAUUACUUUUUUUUUUAUCCACAUUUGGAUGGUGUGAGCUAUAAGAAUAACAGGGGAUUCAUUUGAAAUGAUCAUCAGUCAUUGAUCGCAUUAUUAGAUAUUCAUAUUUGAACUUUUAGGUAUUAGCCUAAGUAUUUUUAUGAUAUUUAUAUGAUUAGUAUGGUAGGUUUUGUUGUUUAUAUCACAAUCGUAUAUGAAAUAUAUUAUGUAAUAAAAGCAUAUCAAGAAUUUGAGUUACAAAAGCUUUUCGACUUGAUGAAUAAUUUUGAUGGGGAUGAACAUAAUAGGGAUGAAUAUAAUGAUGGUGAUAUAAUAAUUCCCUGUUAUUUGUUGUGUGAUUUAAAAACAUAUGUCUUGCCUCGAUUGCUACGUGUGCGUGGGUUUUUGGUAAUCGGGAUGUUUUAGUGCUCAAUGUGAAUGCUUAUUUGUAGACAAUAAAUGUAAUAAAAACAAUUAAAUACAUUUUUAACUAAUAAGAAGAAUCAUUUGAUAUUAAACGAUUUUGUAACAAAUUGAUGUGACUAAGAUGAAUGGAAUUGAUAUAUCUCUCCAAUAUUGUUUUUUAAUUGAUGAAAUAAAAUAUUGAUAGUGGUGCUGAGGACAAUAUUAAUAUUAUAACAAAGCUAUAUUUACAUACUGAUAUAAAUAUAUUGUAUUUUGAUAAUUUUUAAUCAAUAUACGUGCCUUAACAAUUA